AUGCAGCUUUACCACUUAAUAUACCCCGCGCUCCUUGCGCUCCUCGCAGCUCCCUCCCAGUGCGCCUCAAAGAAACCACCCAAAAAUGCCAUCCUCCUCUCAAAUGUCAAAUCUCUCACACUUCGCGCAGAUGCCAAAACCGCUCAUCGCCGCGUGUCUGCCAUUCAACAACUUAGCUGCAAAGGCCCAGGAUGCAAAUACUUUACCGUCGACGUGAUGCGUUGUACGAACCAAGGCGCCGACUACUCCGCCGAAGACAUACAAUGGUCAUGCACUGCGAAUAUUCCCGAAGAAUUCAAAUUGGGAAGCACUGAUGUGAUUUGUGAGGGGUAUGCGAAUCGCGAUGACGAUUUUGUGUUGAAGGGGAGUUGUGGCGUGGAGUAUCGAUUGCUUUUGACAGAGAAAGGAGAGGAGAAGUAUGGGAGGAAGACCAGUUUUGAUUUUGGUGAUAAGGGUGGAAGGAGCUGGGGAUCUAAUCUCUUUAUGCUAGUAUGGGUCUUGAUGCUUUCCUUCAUAGUGUUGAUAUGGUUGUAUCGCUGUGUAUAUGGAGAUGUUCCCGCCGUACCGAGGGCUCGGAGACGGCCUGGAGGGUUUUGGGGUGGAGGAUGGGGAGGUGGUGGGCCGGGAGGGGGUGGUCCCUUUGACCCUCCGCCGCCAUAUACUCCUUACUCCAGAAAGUCGUCCUCGCGUGCUGGGGCUGAUGAGGCCUGGAGACCUGGUUUCUGGAGCGGUGCGUUGGGAGGGGCUGCGGCUGGAUACAUAGCUGGCAAUAGAGGACAGGCACAGCAACAACCUGUCCAAAGAGAUAAUUCAUGGUUUGGCGGCGGCAGUGGUGGAAGCAACUGGAGGAGUUCCCCACAUCGCCCAAGCGGAUCUAGUUCGAGCUCAUCCGCAAGACACGAGAGUACAGGGUUUGGAUCGACAUCACGAAGAUAG